CAAUGUUUGGAGUCUGGUUUCCAGGUUAGUGUUUUGGGGGGCUUUGGGUGUGGCGGUUGUCAGAACUGAAAUCGGCUGCACCAUGUCGGCCUUCGAGAAGCCUCAGAUCAUCGCCCAUAUCCAGAAGGGCUUCAACUACACGGUGUUUGACUGUAAAUGGGUGCCCUGCAGCGCCAAAUUUGUGACCAUGGGCAACUUCGCACGGGGCACCGGCGUCAUUCAGCUGUACGAGAUCCAGCACGGGGACCUGAAGCUGCUUCGAGAGAUUGAAAAGGCCAAACCUAUUAAAUGUGGAACAUUUGGUGCAACAUCUUUACAGCAGAGAUAUUUAGCUACUGGAGAUUUUGGUGGAAACCUUCAUAUAUGGAAUUUAGAAGCUCCAGAGAUGCCAGUAUAUUCUGUAAAGGGCCAUAAAGAAAUUAUAAAUGCCAUAGAUGGCGUAGGUGGACUAGGAAUUGGAGAAGGAGCACCUGAAAUUGUGACUGGCAGCCGAGAUGGAACUGUGAAGGUGUGGGACCCAAGGCAAAAAGAUGAUCCUGUUGCUAAUAUGGAACCUGUACAAGGAGAAAACAAGAGAGACUGUUGGACUGUGGCAUUUGGCAAUGCUUAUAAUCAAGAAGAACGUGUUGUUUGUGCUGGUUAUGACAAUGGGGAUAUCAAACUAUUUGAUCUCAGAAAUAUGGCAUUACGGUGGGAGACAAACAUCAAAAAUGGGGUAUGUAGCUUGGAGUUUGACAGAAAAGACAUAAGUAUGAAUAAGUUAGUAGCCACAUCUCUGGAAGGAAAGUUCCAUGUUUUUGACAUGAGAACACAGCAUCCAACCAAAGGUUUUGCCUCUGUUUCAGAAAAGGCUCAUAAAUCUACUGUGUGGCAGGUCCGACACCUGCCGCAGAACAGGGAGCUCUUUCUGACAGCUGGAGGCGCCGGCGGCCUUCACCUCUGGAAGUAUGAAUACCCUAUUCAGCGGUCAAAGAAAGAUUCUGAGGGAAUAGAAAUGGGAGUCGCAGGUUCUGUAAGCCUUCUGCAGAAUGUUACGUUGUCCACCCAGCCCAUUUCAAGUUUGGAUUGGAGUCCAGAUAAAAGGGGUCUUUGCGUCUGUAGUUCAUUUGACCAAACGGUGAGAGUACUAAUCGUUACGAAACUCCAUAAAAUUUGACUUCAAGACUUUGG